GACAAACUCUGUAGGGAGUAUUUAUUUCUCAGCAACAACACAUCAUUCCCUGUCAUUCACAAAUUAUAUCAGAAGUGGAUUUUGCUUUCUCUGUUGAUCUACAAACAGUGAAUAAUUAUGGACAACACAGACCAAUACUUACUGAACUUUAAAGGCUAUAAUUUUAGUUUACCUGUCGUUGAUGUUGACUUUCUAGAAAAUCUAGAAGAUUUUGAAAUUAGAGAUGAUGAUGUCUUCAUAGUCACAUAUCCCAAAUCUGGUACCAUCUGGACUCAGCAGAUAUUAAGCUUGAUAUACUUUGAGGGACAUCGUAGCAGAACUGAAAUUGUGAAAACGAUUGACAGAGUCCCCUUCUUGGAAUACAACAUACACAAAAUGGACUUUCUUGAGAGACCAUCCCCUCGCCUGUUCUCUACCCACCUCCCAUAUUAUUUAGUACCGAAAGGUCUCAAGAGCAAAAAAGCUAAGAUUAUUUACAUCUACAGAAACCCCAAGGAUGUUUUGACCUCAUACUUUCAUUUUUCAAAUUUGAUGGCUAUAACACCAGCUGCAAAUAAUAUGGAAGAAUUUUUGGGAAACUUUCUAGAUGGAAAAGUGGUAGGAAGCCUUUGGUUUGAUCACAUCAGAAACUGGUACAAGUACAGACACGACUUCAAUAUUCUGUUCAUGAUGUAUGAGGAAAUGAAAAUGGACCUCAGAAAUUCUGUGCUUAAAAUCAGCCAUUUUCUUGAGAAAGAACUGAGUGAAGAGGACAUGGAAGCUGUUGUGAAGCAGGCUACAUUCACGAACAUGAAGUCGGAUCCAAAAGCAAACUAUUACGACGUUAUACAUAACGAAGUUGGGACAAGAAGAAAUGGACAUUUUUUGCGCAAAGGUGUCAUCGGAGACUGGAAAAAUUACUUGACAGUGGAGCAAAGUGAAAGAUUUGACAGAGUAUUCCAAAGGAAGAUGAAAGAUUUCCCCUUGAAGUUCAUCUGGGAUGUAAAUAAGGAGUAGAAUCAAUGUAAAAGAAUUCUCUAAAAAUCUACUUAACUAGAGAGCAUAUUUUAAUAUACAUAUUAAUUUGAUCUCAUGCAAAUAUUAAUUAUAAAGCUUUAGCAAUAAAGUAAUAA